AUGGGUAAUAUAUAUUGCAGUAUAUAUUUAAAGCAAACACAUCAGCUUCUGGUUGAAGGGCAGGAGAAAAUAAAGAAUUUAUCGACCUUUAUUUAUAGAAAGCCUUUACCACAAAAAUAUGACAAAUUUUUGUUUUCAUUGCAUGCAAACAUUUCAGCCAUUUUCUAUUUUGUCCAUUUAGGUGUGGCCAAUCCUAGCAUCAUCAAAGCUUCAGCGUUUGCAUCUAGUUCACAUCAGUACUCCAUACGGGGACCUGUGUUCCAGGCAUCUAAUGCAAGACUGAAUCACAGAGAAAAACUGAACGUGACUGCAGGAGCGUGGUGCGCGAAUAUAUAUGUUUCCGGAAUACAUUGGAUAAGUGUCGACCUCGGACAAAUCUACACUGUAAAUAAAAUUGCUGUUCAAAGUCGAGACAGUGCAAUUGCGUUCAUCCGAAAUUUUAAACUCAAGUAUAGCAUCAACCAGUACGAUUUUCAAUAUUAUAAAUUGCACGGAAAUGUUAAGAUUUUCUCUGGUAACAGAAGAGUCAACCAGGUUGUUUACCGAAAAUUCGAACACGCCAUCCAAGCACGUGUCAUACGACUUGAAGUUGUCAAAUAUUACGGCAGACCUUGUUUACGAUUCGAGUUUUACGGUUGUAUUAACACUAGUUUGACCACCACCCCUACGGAGAGCGGCCCUACAACAGUGACAGGUGGUGUUAAACGUUCUACACAAACGACUAAAGGUAUUCUUGUUUGUUAUGUUCGUCUGUUUGUUUGUUUGUUGGUUUGCUUUUGUUUAUCUCACCUUAAUAUUCUAUCGGUGAUUUUUAGCUACUACUUUGUGUCCACGCAACUCCACUUGUUUGUGCAUCAAUACAUGCAAUAAUCUCGCAAAAGACCCGCGUGGUUGUCAUAGAUUACAAUGCAUUGACGCUUGCUCCUGUCCAAAAUAUUUUAAAUACAGUAAAAGAACUGGUUAUUGCCACUCAGAACCGAAGUGUCCGUGUGUGCGAAAUGGAAAGGUUUUUGUGGUGGGUUGUUUCUAGCUUUGACUGGGCUGCUGUAGUUUGUUUCCAAAAUUUGGCACAGUAAAUUUAUAAAAGUAUGCUUAAAAUGACAUCGAAAUUUACAAUAUACCUCUUUCAGGCCAUAACUUGAAAAUGUUUGUUAAUUUCAUAUCCAGUACUAUUUUGGUCCAAAGUAGACUAGGAAAAAAAUGAAAUAUUCUCCCCAAAAAGUUCCGAUCUCGGUCUUUGAAUUUACUUUUUAAUUUACGGCACAAUGUGAGAC